AUGCACCCGCCCACGUGCGCGCCUCCUCAGGGCACGUUCCUGCUGCUGUUGAUGGGCAAGGGGACUCCGACGCAAAGCACCUCGCGCGCGCAGGCGAUACAUCGUUUCCUGAAGGCGCUUCUUUGCAGGUACGGAGUAAUUAUAUUUUUGUUUGAACAGUUGGUGUUCGAAAUGGCGGUGCCCACAGUCAACCUACGACCUCGCCCUUUCAUCAUGUCGUGGACGAUCGGCACGGCGUGGGAGCUACCCGGGGACGCCAGCCAAAUCGUGGAAAAGUUCAAGCUCCCGAAAAUGAAGGAACCUCCCCCGCCUCCGCCAACCACCAUGCCACCAGACUACCACUUCCACCACCACGACUGGGACUACCACGACAAUCUGGCGAUGGGCCCACCUACUCAAAUGGAGUACACGAAAAAGCAGAAAGGAGCGGACAGCAAAGUGUACUACGAGACGUACACAAAGAAAAAACCCUAUUCGUACAAAGGAUAUUACUACAAGGGCUACCCAGGCUACUCGUCGCCACAUGAAGUGCGACUACACCGUCGUCACCGAAGAGAUGCUUUUCUGACCAUGGAGUCAGUACUGCUCUCGACGGGUCUGGGCGGGCGCGCGUGCGUGCUGCGGGCGCUGUGCGAGGCCGGGCAGCGGCGCGACGGCAGCGCCAAGAGCAGCUUCCUCACGGAGCUCCUGCACGUCCUCUUCACAUUGCCACCAGAUUUGGAGAACGGAAAGGAUGUAAGUGAAGAACACAGCGACGUUUUACAACAUUACGACGCUGCCCACGCGGCUUCCGGCGACUGCGGUUCGCUCUAUUCUGAUUGCUCCACGUCACUCUUCGCCCUCUGGGCGCCUGACGGCAGCCUGUAAAGCCACUCUGUCGGAGAGUAUUUAUCUCAUCAACUCAAUAUUACGGUCAAGUGAAUAUCAAAGUUAUGUUCCUGGAAGUGUAAAGGCUGAUGUGCUGUGAAAUGUAAAGUAAUGUUGGAAGAAAUAUAAAUGCUUGUGAUAGAAAAUACCAACAGUUGGUCCAUUACAUUGCGAUUAAAAUAACAAACAAAUUAAAAGGAUUGGUGUAUCAGAUACCGUAAUGAACUGUCUCAGAGAAAUGUAUUCCAGUGUGCCGAUUAUAAAUAAUAAAAAAAUUGAUA